CGUUGCGCCCAGCACUUCAUGCUACAUGAACGCGGCUAAUAAUUUUUAUCUUUAACUUUUAACAUCUUUAAACUCUAAAAUAAAGUUUGUACUCACAGGAGGGAAUCGUACAUUAUAUCUUCUCUUCUGUCCGGGCAUUUUACUCGCUUUAAACCGCGCAGUUCGGUCACAUUUUUCAUGUUUUCACCGCAAACCGCCGCUGAGUCCAUUUGUUUACCGACAGCAGGAAUUUACCUGAAAAACACGCGAACACCUGAGGUCAACCCCGCGUGACCCCGAUACUGACGUCACGAGCCCCGCGUUUUUUUAUGCUGCGUUCACACCGGUUAGGUUAUUCAUUAAUACAUAUUUAUAAACAAUGAUUUAAAGGUAACAUAACUACAUAGUUUUUAAAGCCCACCAGAUAAGUGCAUUUAACGUUUUCUUCUGAUAUUUACGUUUAAUUUAACCCUCUUUGCUUUUAGAGUAGCUAGUUUAACAGUUAGACUAUUUACCAGAGCUAGAAGAAGUACUCAGAUAAUUCACUUGGGUAAAAUAACAUUACAACAGUGUAAAAAAAAUAGUCACUUUCUACCACAGGUUGCAGGAGCAAGACUGGAAAGAAAUUAAAUAUUGCCUAUCCUGUCAAAAGAUCCAACUAAUAAGCUUUGUAUGUGGGUUUUAGUAGCAUAUUAUGGUUUGAAUCAGGAAAUGGACUUUGCUAUUGAACGUGUGGGAAAAAGAUAGUAAGUGGAGCUUCAGGUGGUGUCUUGUUCAUCAUUUACACUUGACUUGGUGAUUUCUCUUUAUAUGGACUUAAUCUGAAUAAGGGAUGUAUUUUAAAUCGCUCCAAAGGAACUUAAAAACAAAUGCCUUUUAUUCAUUUGAGUACACUGUUUUAUUUCCAACGUGAAUUAUUUGUCUAUCUGCAUGAUAUGAUCUCUCUAAAUCCUGUAAGUAUCUUACUCCUGGUUCAACUUUGUCUGCAAUUAUAAAUCGAUUAUCCGCAGUAUAGGACUCGGCCUAAUGACUUCAAAGGUCAAAGAUAACGUUAAUCAGUCUUCAUUUACCGAGGAUUUUUGUCACGACAAAGCUUCAUACCCGGAGGACGACUUUAUGCAAUUUAAAAUCUUUAAAUCUGCUUUUCAAUUUGGACAAGAGAAGAUGUUGUCAACACGUGUGCUGUUUGCAGUCUGUUUAGUAGCAGCAUGUCGUGUAGACGGCUACACUUUAAAGGAAGAAGAUGAACCUUUCCAUCAGGAUGUUUUAGGAACAGAUUUCCUCCGCCAGCCUCUUCAUCCACCCUUCAUCUGUCCUGAUAUGACUCCAUCUCCCAGCGUCCCCACCUCAGUUGAAUAUGUCAAAGCUGCAGAUGUCAAAGUCAUCGCCGCACUGGGAGACUCUUUAACUACAGCUAUUGGUGCCAAUGGCUCUACGAUUUUAUCCAUACCUUUUGAAUUUCGCCACGUAUCUUGGAGCAUCGGAGGAUAUGGGACGUAUCAAAAUGUCAUCACACUGGCCAAUAUUUUUAAGCUGUUCAGCCCCGAGCUGCUGGGUCCGUCCCCGGUUCGGAUCUUCCACGGUCAGCCGGCGACCGUCAACGAGACCGGGUUCAACUUCGCCGUUACCGGACACAACACACUAAACGUCUCUGAUCAGAUAAGACACAUGAUCGACACGUUCAAGUCCUAUCCCGGUCUGAACUUUGAAGAGGACUGGAAGGUGGUGACGAUGAUGAUCGGCAUGAACGACAUCUGUGAUUACUGUAAAGACAAAACUCUGUUCUCCCCCGACAGAUUCAUUCACCACAUGACAGAAGCUCUGGACAUGAUGAUGAAGGAGAUCCCCAGGACGAUCGUCAACGUGGUGCAGAUUUUCCCCAUGAAGCCUCUCAGAGACGUCCAGAGGCCGACGUUCGGCUGUCAGCUGCAAAAGAGUUUCUGCUCGUGUCUUGUCCAACCUGAAGAAAACUCCCCUGAGCUGAAGGAGCUGGUCGAGGUUAACUACGAAUUUCAGAGGAGAUUAGAGAAGCUUCUGCACGGCGAGCGUUUCUUCAAAAAGGACUUUGCUGUUGUUCUGCAGCCUUAUUUAGAGAAGGCCGUACUUCCAACACUUCCUGACGGGACGAUUGACUUGAGUUUCUUCACGGCAGAUUGUUUCCACUUCACUGUUAAAGGACAUGAAGAGCUGGCUAAGGGACUGUGGAACAACAUGUUCCAGGCUAACGGAGAGAAAGAGAAAAUAAAGAGUUUUUCAGAGCCAACAAAACUCAUCUGCCCAACAAAGCAUCCUUACAUCUACACCAGACCUCGAGUCGUGUCGUCUGCACCGAAGCAUUCCUCUGUGGCGCUGACGAUGUUUCUGAUCUCUGGGUUUCAUUAUCUGUAGUUCAACAGGCAGAGAAAGGCACAGAAACCAAUCCUAAAACAAUCUCAGGGAACUAUGUGUUAACGAUGAUGUAAUAAAAAAAAAAAUUGUGGGUUAAGUAAAAAAAUAUAUAAAAAAAAUUAAAGAAAUACAAAUUAUGUUUUUGGAACAGAAUAAAAAAUAGGCAAAUUAAUGAGUUUUGUUCACACAAAAAUAAAAUAUUUAAAUGAAUGUAAAGAAUAAAACUAAAAUAUUUGUUUAUGAAAACCAAUAAUAAAUGUGUAUUUGCUGAUUCUAAAUAAAUAAACUCAUAACUUAAAUUAAAACUUGUUCCCCUUGUUGUUAAUAUAGAAUAACAAAAUAAAUAUUUUAACCUGCAGCUUUUUCUUGAAAAUCCAUAACCAUUGAAUUAUCAUUGAACCGAUUUUUUGGGCCCAUGUGUUAUUAUUUCGACACAGAAGUAAAUGUAUAAAAUGUAACAUUUCCACAUUAAAAUAUGUAUAUAUA